AUGAAUCUCCCCGGCGAGAUCGAGGAAUUCCUCUCUCGCUUCCUGGGCUACGAAGGAUUCCGGUUCCAUCUGCGACGUUACCUGCUUUUCGCCACGCUCUUCGCGCUGAUCGUCGUCGGCUACGUCUCAUCCGUCGCGCAUCACAGCGCGAAUCUCACCGCCAGAUACGGCUACGACCCCGACGCUCCGCAAAUCGCGCCGCUAGUAGCGGAGGAUGACGCGAAAAGCGACAGUAUUUCACAAGACGACAAGAUGGGGAAAACCGAGGAGGAAGAAAGACCGGAGGAGGAAUCCGUUAAAGAAAAUCCCGAAACCGCAGGAUCGGAAUUGGCUUCUGAGUCGGAUCAAAAGUCAACUCGGGAAGAGGAAUCCGGUAAAGAGGAGCCCGAACAAGCAGGAUCGGGAGCGAAAGGUUGGGCAGGGAAAGAGGUGGGGACAGCGGGGGAAGCGCGGAUGGGGUCAGAGGCCGGGGAAGAGGCUCAGGACGGAGAAGGGGGGAGAGCGGAGAAGGUGGAAAGCGUGGCGGAAGGGGGAAGGCCGGAGUCGGGGGCAAGGGACACAGAAGGGGAAGGCGGACGGAAAGGGGAAGGAACAGAGGACGGAAAAAGGGAAAUAAAAGGGGAAGGGAAAGGAGGAGGGGAGGCAACGGCAGCACUAUCAGGAUCAUCAUCAGCAGCAGAAGGUGGGAAGCCGAGGAGGGGUGCUGAGAAGGACAGGUGUGCGGUGGAGCAGGGCACGUGGAACAAGGACAGCACGUACCCGUUAUACGCCUCCACGUGUCCUUAUAUCGAGUCCCGGUUUGCCUGCACUGGACGGCCCUCCUUCGACCUGGCCCAGUACCGCUGGCAGCCUGCUGGGUGCCUGCUGCCCCGCUUCGAUGCGGGGAAGCUUCUCAGCAGCUUCCGGGACAAGCAUGUUGUUUUUGCAGGCGAUGCUGUGGCAAAGCAGGUGGGCUGA